UAUCUCUGCCCUCCCUCGUCCCCACAAACAGCAUGUCCAAGAGAAUAUCAACACGCGCAAAGCCAGGCGAGAAGUCGCCCAUCGCACAGUACGAGCCGUACACUGGCCCCACGCCGCCCAUCCCGCAGGGCGUGCUCCGGCCCUUCCUCCCCUUCCUCCCACACCCCGACAAGACAGCCCCGCCGCAGCCGCCACGGCCCGACCUCGCGCCGCCGCCAGCAGGCUUCACGCGCACGUUCCACGCCGCGCCGGCCGCGUACCCGAAGGAGCUGAAGCAGGCGACGGGCACCGCAUCGCGCCUGCCGAGCCCGUUCCGCAAGAUCGAGCUCGGCGAGAACGCGACCAAGGAGGAACGAAGCAAGCGGAUCAACGCCGAGACGAUCGAAUGUAUCAAGCAGCGUACCGAGGCCACCGAGUGGUCCCUCGACGAGGCCAAGGCCGCGGCCCCAGCCGGGUUGUGGCUCGCGGCUGAGCGAUGGCGCCGCGACGAGCCGACGGGCGGCGUGACGCUCGUCUGCACGCACGCCAACGGCCUGCACAAGGAGCACUGGCACCCGAUCCUGCACGACAUCCUCUCGCGCCCAGUGGCCGCCACUGAGGCGUUCGGCACGCUCGCCCCCCUCACUGGGGGGCAGGUGACGAUCGACGAGAUCUGGCUGCUGGACGACACGAACCACGGCGCGUCGCUCGACCUGAACGCUGGCAGGCUCGGCCCCGCGCAGUCGUGGGUCGACGACUCGCGCGACGUCCUCAACUUUGUGCAGCAUGUGCUGCCCCGCGUGACCGACGACGCGGAGUGGCAUCUGCGCUGGGGCGCCGCGACCGCCUCGGGAAGGCCGCGCGCCGUCAUCGGCAUGGGCCACUCGUUCGGCGCCAACGCGCUCAUCCAGGCCGCGCACGCACGCCCCGACCUCUUCGCGGGCCUGUUCCUCGUCGACCCCAUGUCGCCCAACCACUUUGUCGACCACGACGCUGCGGUGCGUAACCCCGUCGGCAGCUACUGGAUGGUGCCGGCCGCCAUUAGGCGCCGCGACAUCUGGCCGUCGCGCGAGGAGGCGUACAAGGCGCUUCGGGAUAGCCCGUUCUUCCAGCCAUGGGCCGACUCCAUCUUCGACUUGUACAUCUCGCACGGCAUCGUGCCGGUGGACUACAGCAAGCCCGAUGGCGAGGUGACGCUUGCGACGCCCAGCUGGUGCGAGGGCGCCGUGUUCUGCGAGCCCGAGGGCCUGGGUCUCGGGUGGGCCAAGCUCAAGAGCUUGCAAGUGCCCGCUGCGUUCGCGAUGGCCGGAGACGCGACCGCGACGAUGGGGCCCGAGAAGACGCGCGAAAUGGUCUGGCGCGCGGCGCUGUCGCGCAAUGAGAAGAUUGUCGACGCCGGGCACUUGGUCGUGCAGGAGCGGCCGGUCGACACGGCCGACUCGCUCUGGAGAUUCCUGUCCACCCUCAGCGCGGGCAAGUGGGGCGCGUCGAGCGAGGAGAUUCGCGCAGAGUAUAGCGCUGCCGCGCCGCCCCGCCCGAGGUUGUAGUGUUAGACACCUGUAGAUGAGCAUCAUGGGAUAUCGUUGUCUUCUUG